UCACACGUGGGUCAAGUAAUCAACAUGGCGAUGCUCGCAGAGCCGAAAUCCAAGCAAAAAUGGAGCAGCGAUCCACGAAAUACAGCAUGGACCAAUGAUACCAGACGGUUUGGUUACCAGAUGUUGACUAAAAUGGGAUGGGAGAGUGGAAAAGGACUGGGUGCUAAGGAGGAUGGAACUAAAACACAUGUUAAAUCUGUCAAGAGGCAGCAGAACUUAGGUCUAGGGGCUGAGAAGUCUCAUGAAGAUAACUGGAUAUCACACCAGGUAGCAUUUGAUGAUUUGCUAUCUCAGCUUAAUAAUCACACAGAAAACGAUAACGAGGAAAAGUCAGUGAAGAAAGCAAAGAGUCAUGAAAUGGAAAAGAAAGCAAGACAGUCCCGAAAAAGAGUGUUUUACAAUCGCUUCAUUCAGAGCAAAGACUUGUCAUCUAAAUCAGCAGAAGACAUGGCUUGCAUCUUUGGUCAGAGGAGUAAGUCAGCUCCUGGAACUCCUCAAGAACAGUCAGAGGACGAAGAAUCGGACGAGAGUACUGCUUCCUGUCCGCCGCCAUCUUCUCACGGUGUGCAGACUAUAAACUCCGGACAAAGCGUUCAGGAAUACUUUGAGAUGAAAAUGAGGGAGAUGAAAGCGGCUCGAGAAAGGAGGCAGACAGUGGAGGUUAGCGCUAUUCAAGAAGAAAUAGUAACAGGAAAAGAUUACAACGAGGAAGUUGACGAAUCAGAACCGAAGAGGAAGAAGAAGAAAGAAAGUAAAAGAAAGCUUAAACAUGCGAUUGAAAAUGAGGAAUUGGUCAAUGGCGUUAGUGUUUCGCAUUCUUUUGAUGUGAAAUGUUCAGCUGGAAAGAGAAAGAGAAACGGUGCGGUGGAAGAAACGAAAUCUGGAUUAGAAAACGGAUGCAAACCCUCGAAGGAUAGGACGGAAGAAAAAGGAAAAAAGAAGAAAGCAAAAGAAAUUAAUAGUCAGACUUUAGAGGUUGACAGCAGCUCUUUGGGAAGGCUGGAAAUAGCUGAAGGGGUGAAAGAUAAAAAGAAAACAUCUAAGAGAAAGAGCGAGAAGGGGAUUGCUAGAUUGGAAAAUGAAGACUUGGAAAAGUCGUCCGAGAGUAAACGAAGAAGGGACAAGACAAAAGGUAGCUUUAGCGACGAGAAAUCUUUUAAUGAGACAAUUUCCGAAGUGGAGGAAGCAAACGAUGAAGGCAACUUACGAAAGAAGAAGAAGAAGAAGAAGAAGAACCAAGAUGUCGGUAAUAGUCUAGAAACUGUCGAAAGAAUGAAAAACGAGAAGAAGAAAAGAAAAAAGGAUAAAAAAAGAAAAAUCUAGGAAAAAAGAUGAGGGUGACCGGGAAAGACCGAAACAAGAUUAUUUUAAUUCUUCCGCCAAAAAAUAAACCAAUAGCGAUGGCUGAUUUUUAUGUUUAUGUUCUUUUAUGUUACUCACGGUACCAACUCUACACACAAUAAAACAAUCAUCGUAUGCUAUUUUAGUAAAUGUAGAAUAUUUGAACUUACUUUGCCAAUCAUUACUUACAAAUGUUUUUGAGACGCGAACGGCAGCCGGAAGUUAAAAAACUCAUUCAUGGUGCUCAUUACACCUUUUUGGUCAGCACAAUUUGGUUUAAAAUGCUAUAACGAAGACUUAACGGCCGAUACAAUAUUGGUGUCAAAGCGCACUAGAAUUUAUUUUUUUCUUUUCCGGUUGCUGUCUGCGGCCCAAAACUGUCUCUGCUUUAGUUCUCCAUUGUCGUUCGAGAGCGCGCCGCUUUCACGGUCUUACUUUUAAAAAUGAAUUGCUAAGAACUAUAUACGGUCUUAAGCGAGAAGGAAGAAGAACAUUUUCUGUUGCCGCACCACUUUUAAAACUGAAUUGUUAAGAACUAUAUGCAAUCUUAAGCGAGAAGGAAGAAGAACAUUUUCUGUUGCUGCACCACUUUUAUGGAAUUCCCGAACUGAUGAUAUCAGGAACUGUGGAUCCGUAUGUAGUCUAAACCAAAAAGUAUCUCUUAAGCAAAGGAUCUCAAUGAUAUAAUAGCUUUUACUGCAAACGGUUAAAAUCUUGGCCAUUUUAUAGUCAUAGGUUAAUUUUUUUUCCUUUGUUUUUAAGAGAAAAACUUCUACGGUUUACUUUUUUUACGACCAACGGUUAAAAUUUGUCAGUUUUUACGCCUGACGACUGAUUAUGUUUUACCGUUUCACGGCUAACGGUUAACCCCAAGACCCUCUAAAAAUAUUGCAAUUAAACACCUGCAUAACGGAACAAAUGGAUUAAAAAACCUUCAGGCUGAAAUUUGAUAAAUAAAACAUCAAACUAAUAAAGAUUGUCAGUACCACCUGAAGAAAUUGAACAGGUUCCUAUUUAAUAAAAUGUGAAUAUCAAA